GCAGAUGCCGGCGUGCUCUCACGGCGGCACGGUCGGCGCCGGCAGUCGAGCACGGCCCGUCCGCUGCUCACCACUGUGCACCGAUAUUUUACUCUCUCGAGAACAAAGAUCGAAGUGUUAUAAAUGACAUCUCAAAGUUUGUUCUUCACUUAGAACAGGAUUUCACUCAAAUAUUCCAAGAUGGCCGCAAGUUCCGUGACAAGCACCGUCAGCGUGGUCCUGCUGUUGACCUGUCUGGGGUCCACGUUCUCGCAGGCUGCCGAUGCAGGUUACAGCAUCGUGGAAGACACUACGAACAUCGGAGAGGCAGAAUCACGCGCAAGCGGCGGCACGGAGCUGGAGUUCCGUUACCACGACCACGAGCAGCUCACCAGGUACCUGCGCGCCGUCUCCGCGCAGUACCCCGCGCUCACCGCUCUCUACUCCAUCGGCAAGUCUGUGCAAGGUCGCGAUUUAUGGGUGAUGGUGGUGUCGGCGUCGCCGUACGAGCACAUGAUCGGGAAGCCUGAUGUCAAGUACGUGGCUAACAUCCACGGAAACGAAGCUGUAGGCAGGGAGCUGCUGCUGCAUCUCAUACAGUAUUUAGUGACGUCAUACAACACGGACCCGUACAUCAAAUGGUUGCUGGACAACACGAGGAUCCACCUGAUGCCCUCCAUGAACCCUGACGGUUUCUCCAUCUCUAAGGAAGGUCAAUGUGACACCGUUUUUGGCAGAUACAACUCGCGUCGUUACGACCUGAACCGCAACUUCCCCGACUACUUCAAGUCCAACACGAAGCAGCCGCAGCCCGAGACAGAGGCGGUCAAGGAGUGGAUCAGCAAGAUCCAGUUUGUGGUCUCCGGGUCGCUGCACGGGGGCGCCCUCGUUGCCUCUUACCCCUUCGACAACACCCCCAAUGCUAUGUUCCAAAGCUACGCGCACUCGCCGUCCAUCGCCCCCGACGACGACGUGUUCCGCCACCUGGCGCUGGUGUACUCCCGCAACCACGAGAAGAUGGCCCGCGGCGUCUCCUGCAAGUCCGGCUCCACCAGGUUCGAGAACGGCAUCACUAAUGGUGCCGCCUGGUACCCACUCACAGGUGGUAUGCAGGACUACAACUACCUGUGGCACGGCUGCAUGGAGAUCACGCUGGAGAUCUCGUGCUGCAAGUACCCGCCCGCGCACGAGCUGCGCAAGUACUGGCUCGACAAUAAGGAGUCACUGAUAAAGUUCCUGGCGGAGGCACACCGCGGGGCACACGGGUUCGUGAUGGACGAGAACGGGAACCCUGUGGAGCGCGCGGCCAUCCGCAUCAAGGGCCGUGACGUCACCUACCACACCACCAAGUAUGGCGAGUUCUGGCGGAUCCUGUUGCCGGGGACCUACCGACUUGACGUAUCUGCCGACGGAUAUUUGCCUCAAGAAGUGGAGUUUAUCGUAAUAGAAAGUCAUCCAACGUUACUGAAUGUGACAUUACAUUCGGCCAAAUUCUUUCGUCCCUUGUCUACGGUGUGGUGGUCUGGUUUCUCCCCAGGGCUACGUAUCGUCGACCCGGCGACCGGGAUCCACCCCGUCCCGCGCGCUAUCUACCCCCGCCCCCGCCGCACGCCCCUCUACACUCGCCGCGCAAGACGCCUUCGUGUUCCCACAAGACUAAUUAUUGCCUGAGAUUAACGCAUAGACGGCGGGCCGUACUACCGUCCGGGCCCGCUUCCGGCACGGCCGCCGCCCCCACCACCCGGACUCUUCGCCUCUCUUAGCAACUCUUUCAACAGCCUCGUCUCCAACAUCUUUGGCUAGAUCACAAUUCGACCGCACCAGGUCUCAACACAUGCUAUCACUUUAGAGGGCUAGUGUGGGUUUGCAUUUCACAUCUUACUAUCGAGUCUACUCGUUAGACGCAGCUGCUAACCAAAAAAAAACACACUAAGCCCUCAGGUCUCAUCCAACUAAACAUAGGCUAAUACCGGCAGUUCUAAGUUUGUGUAUUUAUUUCGUAUUUAAUAAGUGCGUAUUACUCGCUACCUUCCUUAGGAGUACCACUGGAGUCGUUAGACUGAAUGAGAAAAUAAUGUAGUAAUAGAUCUCUUAAAAACUUCUAAGUACUAAAAUCAUGACAAUUCUAUGAAAAUAUUUGAAAAUCCCUAGGAAAUUAUAAAUUUCAAAGGAGUAGAUGUUUAAUUUUUCUUUAAUUGUACCACGAACGAAUUCAUUAUUGCAUUCAAUGUUAAGCUAGUUAUGUAAGAGUAAUAAUAUUUUGUAAAUACAGAACUUAAUUUUAAUAUUUAUUUAUUUUUAAGCAAUAAAUUCUACGUUUUACCGAUAAA